AUGGAAUGCAGGCAAGCGUCUCCUCCCUGGGCAGUGUUCCCAGACCCCCAGCAGACCCCAGACGCUCAUGAAGCGACCCGGGGAACUUUCUACGGCUGCGCCUGUGCUUCCCUCGUGUUUGGUCUGUUUCUGCUGUGGAUUCUGUGCGAGAGGUCUACGCGUUGGGAAGAGGAUGACGGGAUCCGGGCCGGGGACAAGCUCCACGUGGGCUUUUACAUUCUCUCUACUCUGGGGUAUGUCGCAGCGGGGCUGGCCACGCAGUUCUACCCGGGUGAUAUCAACUGGGCCAUCCAGAUCAGCAAGGUGGUUAUCAUCCUGGCAUGGAGCUGCCUUCUGCUUGCCAGCUGCGGCGCAGCAGAGGCCAUGGGCGCAGGGAAGUGUCGCAUCAAACUGGUUCGGACACUUGAGCUGGUUGUGGUACUCGCCGGUUUGGCCGAGGUGGUGAUCCCAGGGGACAGGCACUUCCAAGGCUUCAUGUGGAGCCUCGCAGCCCUGGCCCUGAGCUGUGCCUUCCCAUGGUUUGUGGUGUGGCAGCACGACCGCCCCAAAGAAUGGCGCAAACGCAGUGAAUGUGGUCCCUCGGCAGUUUUCCGCGUUGAGUUCCAUAUCCUUGCAGCGGCGGGCUUCGCAUUCGUCGCGAUUACGGAGCCGAGUUGCGGCUACGCGGGGUAUGCUGCCUGCUAUGCCAACUGUUUUGUGAGUGGCUCACCAGGUCCACAUUUCCCGUAUUCACUCAUAGGGCUCAUGCCCUUUUACCUGGCCCUAGCCGUGAUGCAAGGCUACCGUCCCUACCCUUGCGUAUUUCCAGCCAUCCCCCGUUGGAGCUCGGGGGCUGAGCCCGACCGUGCACUGGGCGGAGAGCAGGUGCCACCAUCUGCCCAAGGGUAA